GAGGUAUAGAGUUUUGGGGAGUGCAUAUAAUCAACAUAUUAUCGAAGGUGCUUAGAUAUUGAUCCUGUAUUUCGAGGUAGUUCAAAUUCGUCUCUCUUGGACCUUCGUGUUUGACCUUACAUUUUCCGUGCUCGGUGGAGAAUAAUUCACGCGCGAAAUGCCGAAGAGAAAGUCUGCAGAUGGUCCCGAGGGCAAGGAGGCCUCCAAAGUCACAAAACAAUUGCCCACCAGAAGGUCGGCGAGAUUGUCAGCGCCUGCUCCACCCAAGCCUGAGGCCAAGCCCAAGAAGGCCAUCGUCAAGGUGGCAGACGAUAAGGGGGCUAAGGCAAAGAAAGGCGGAGCUAAGGGGAAGAAGGAAGACGGCCCCGCCCAGAACGGAGACACCAAGACCAAUGAGAUCUAUGUGUCUCGUCCGUCUGUCAGGGUGUCCUCCAACAGAAGCACUGCUCCCUCCUUGAUGUCAGUGAGAGGGCAGAGUGAGACAGUCAGAGUUAAGGACCUGAGGUAUCCACCUUUUAAUGGCAAGAAAGUGAACAAAGGAAUAAAAAAAGCUCCUUUUACCCGUAACUGAGGCGGCGGAUGAGGCCACUGAGGAGAAGGCGUAAAAACACGGGCGUGUCCACUGGCUCGCCCCCUCUGACUCCAUGGCAGCAAAACAUCUUUUUUUACUGACGAUUUUUGUACCAUGCUGAAUUUUUUUUAGACUUGUGAUAGUAGAGACGGACAACCAGCAGCCCCAUCCCCACUUGUUCACACUUUAGAAAACUCUACCUACACUAUGUUUUUGCUCCAUUCUCCUCCCAACUCUUUCGGAUAUCACUAUACACUUCAAUGAAUUGUUUUAAUCAGGCGGCUGCAGAUGUUCUCGUAAACAUGACUGUUACGAUCUUUCAGCCAGCUUUGCCAACAUUUCUAGUCUCUACAAAUGGCUACUUUUAUAAUUGGCAUGCUGACUGGCUCCCACCCUGAUAUCUAAGGUGGAUUUGUAUCAAUAGUUUAACAGCAGACCAACAUGAAAUCAGAUGAAAAUCUUCAUGGAGAACAUUUGCAGCUUUUUAAAAGACAUCUUAGGUUUUAGAAUCUCAACCUCUGUGUUCCACAUAGCUCAUUUUGUAUGUGUGUGUUAGAAUGAAUGUGUUUGUGGGUCUCUGUUUGACCUUAUUCCCUCAUAUUCCUUUUAUCCCCCCCACCCACCACCCUUCACCUGACCACCUUGUCCUGCAGCAGAGUGACAUAGCAAUAAUGAGUGGUGCUUCUGUUCUAGACGGCUCUAUUGGCUUUGGACCCUCUGGGCUUCUGAGUUUCAUCCUGUUGGAAGAAUAUUUUGAAAUAAAAGAAAAAGUUGAUUUCA